AUGAAAUAUACUUCAAUAAUUCCUUUUGCUUCAUUUGUAUUUGUUGCUUUAGCAUCAGAAGAUAAUGAAUUUUUAAAAAGAAAUUUAAUUUCUCAUUCUCCAUCACCACCAUCUUGGUCAAAUACAACUGCUUCAGAUACAAAAACAGAUAUUAAGACAACAACGCUUACAAUAACAUCUUGUAAAGAAGAUAAAUGUUCAACUUCAACUUUAACUACGGGAUACACCACAGUGACAGAAGCUGAAACAACAUAUGUCACAUGGUGUCCAUUACCAUCAACUGAAGAAUAUCCAACUGAAACACCAACUACUAGUGAAGAAAGUUUAACAACUAUAACUGAAACUAAAAGUCCAGGUGGUGAAACUCAUACAUAUACUUCAGGGUGGACUGUUAUUACAGAAGGAGAAACAGUUUAUACAACUUAUUGUCCACUUACUGUUCCAACAACUAUUAUAACAACUACUAAACCAGGAGGAGAAAUUGAAACUCAUACUACAGGUUGGACUAUAAUUUCAGAAGGUACAACAACAUAUACUUCAUAUCAUCCAACUGAAGUUCCAACAACUGUUAUUGAAUCAACAGCUCCAGGAGGUGAAGUUCAUACUAUUACUACUGGUUGGACUGUAGCUACAAAAUCAUCUAGUGAAUAUACUUCAUAUAUAACUUAUUCAAAAACAACUGUUGCAGGUCAUUCACAACCACCAGUACCAGUAGUUGGUGAAUCAAAAACAACUGUUGCUGGUGAAUCAGUAACAAUUCACUCAUCAGUAUCAGUAUCAGAACAAAUUCCAGGUGGUGAAUCAAGUGCUGUUUCAAUUUUACCAGGUUCAGGUGUUAUUAAUGUUGCUUCAACAUUUGCAACUUUAUUCGCUUUAAUUUGUGCUAUAAUUUAA